AUGCCGAGACCGACCACCAAAGCCAAGCGGAUGGAGCCUGGCAAACGGUGCUCACUGCGGCAGAAGAAGGCUCUUGCUAAAGAAAAGAAGGCCAAGUCCAUGGAUUUUUCGAGGACUUCGUACCACCAAAAAUUAUCCACUGCUGAAGCAACCGGAAAAUCUAUAUACAGGCCGGCCCACAGGUGGCUACCCCCCUUGUCCAAAGACGACUUCAAGAUAGUGGUGCGACCACACCAAAGGCUACCGGUCAAGACCCUGACUAGUCCACUACUGGCAGACGCCGUGAUAGAAGCUUGCAGCGUACAAAUAUCUGCAUACCAAAGCCAGGAAAACGCAGUGCUCGAUGCACCAAUCACCAAGGCAGCAGUAUUCGCGGCCGCGCAAGCAGCAGAGUGCAAUACUGCCCCCGGACCUGACCAGCUAACAAACGCGAUGAUUCGGAAUCUGAGCGAUGAGCACCUGGAACAACUUACUCGCAACACGUUCACUGAACACCCGGGUUGCACCUCUCUGGUGAGGCACCGGAUUGACACAGGCGAUGCAAAACCGUGGAAAUGCAAUCCUCACCCUAUAAGUGCGGCAAAAAGAAAACCAAUUGACCAGGCACUGGAUGAGUUGAUUGAGACCGGAGUGGUCCAACACUCAAACACGGACGCGAGCGACCUGUGUCUCGGCGCGGUACUCCUUCAACAGCACGACGGCGUCCUCCGGCCAGUCGCCUUUGCGAGCCGGUCACUUAACGCCGCCGAGCGUAACUAUAGCGUCACAGAAAGGGAAUGUCUCGCUAUAGUUUAUGCACUCCGGAAGUUCGACUGCUAUGUCGACGGCGUGCCAUUCGUGGUGAAAAUGGACAUGGCACUCACCUGGCUUAAGCGCUUGCGCGAGCCCUCGGGCCGCCUCGCGCGCUGGGCGUUGACCUUGCAGCGGUACAACUUUGUUGUGCGCUACCGGAAUGGGAGUUCGAACGUCGUCGCUGACACUUUGUCGUGUGCCCCCGUUUUGGCGUCCGCCACUCCCGAGAGCAAUCGCAUCAAGUAG